GAAAACAAAGAAAGGCAUGUUUUCCCUUUAAAGCCACUCAGUUCAGCACACUGCCAGGAUGAAAAGGUGGAAGAAACUCCCGUCAGUUACCAUUGCACGGGUCCACGGGCAGCACGCUUCUUCAGCUUGACAUGUGCAGUGAAGUCUGGCAGUGGGUAUUAUCCUGCUGAAAGAGGCCACUGCCAUUGUGAAAGACAGUUACCAUGAAGGGGUGUACUUGGGCUGCAACAAUGAUCAGGUUUAUAUGCACAGGGGGAUAAGUACACUGGGUGAUCUAUGAAAAAGGUGGAGCAAGUAAAGAGGACAUUAUAAGCACAGUUCAAGCCAGUUUCUCUCAACUUUUCAGUGUUUGUAUUGACUGUUAGUGGAUUAUGUUGAGCCUUAUCAAACUACCUCGAGUCUUAACCAUCAACCAAGUUCCAAAAGUGUUCCAUGAGGAUGGGAUCAUAUCUGGGUAUCGGUAUCCAUAUAGCUCAGCAAAAGACUGUGUUCUUAGCAUCUUCCAGCUAACUAACGAAACCCUAAACAUUUGGACCCACUUUCUUCCUACAUGGUUCUUCUUGUGGAAGCUCCUUAUGGUACUAAUAGAGGAAGACUGGCAGGACUCCUACUGUUGGCCUCUUCUGGUUUUCCAGGUGUCCUGCUGCUUGUACCCCCUGGCUUCCAGCUGUGCACACACCUUCAGUACCAUGUCUGAACGUGCCAGACACAUCUGCUUCUUCUUCGACUACGGAGCAUUAAGCUUCUACAGCUUAGGUUCUGCCAUUACGUACUCUUCCUAUAUAUUUCCUGAGAAAUGGGUGAACAGCUUUUUCCAUAAGUACUACAUUCCUGCUGCCAUGCUCAACUCUGUCCUCUCCACUGGACUGGCCUGUUACUCAAGGCUUGGAUUGCCUUUUAUUGAGUACAACUACCAUAUAAAUACGAGGCCUGUUGAGAAAAGACGAGUGAAACUAGGGAAAAUUCUGCGGAUUUUGUCCUUUGCAUAUCCAUAUUUCUUUGAUAAUAUCCCUUUAUUCUAUAGGAUUUUUGUAUGUGUUGGAGAGGAUUGCACGGUUAAUGAAGCCACAAUAGUUCACUACCAGCAUGCUGCACUGGCACUACUUACAGGAUUCCUCUUUGCCUCACACCUACCCGAACGCCUGGCACCUGGGAGUUUUGAUUAUAUAGGACACAGUCACCAGCUCUUUCAUGUCUUCGCCAUUGUUGGCACAUACUUCCAGCUCAGUGCAGUUGAGUUAGACAUGACCUUACGGAAGCAAUGGCUUCUGACUCAUUCACAUCCCAUAACCUUCAGCAACACAGUGGGCGCAGCAUUGCUUUGUGCAGCCUGCAGUCUAUGUAUAAUCUAUGUCUUCAGUAAGGCACUUUUCUCCACACAGAUUUGGAAGGACAAUGAUUUGAAAAGGUCACAUUUUGCUGCAGUUUCUGACUCACAGCAUGCAAACACAUGUUUUAUUUUAAGACAGGAAAAAUUAAGGUGAAGGUUUUUUUUUUUAUGGACUGAAGACCUCUACACACACAAGACAAUGCUCUCUCUCUGUGUUAAUUACUGGGAUCUCCUGUUGGAGCUCUGUUAAGUAGGAUUUGUGCAAAUUUGGAAAAAAAAGAAAU